AUGACUGAAAGUGAUGAACCCCAAAGCCCUAUUGCGCCCGAUGCUGGUGACGACAAGACGGUUCCCGAGGGACCUCGCCAACGCAAGCUGCCCGCCUUUCUGGACCACUUCAACAAGCGCGACCUCAAGGUAGUCUUCCGCUGCUGGAUCGCCACCUGGGCCGCGACGCUCCUCAUCUUCAUCCAGCCGUCGCUCGACAAGAUCGGCAUCGCCACCUUCUUCGCCGCUCUCACGCUCUACAUUGCCCCUCCCGCCACCAUCCUGCUGCCGUACCUGCUCUCCGUCGCGUCCGCCCUCGUCGGCAUGUGCCUGGCCUGGGCGUGGAGCCUUCUCACUAUGAAGGCGGCCCUGGCGGCGCGGCCCGCGUCCGACACCAGCGCCCGGCUCGCGGCCCUCGAGCAGGCCGCCGCGCAGAGGGCCAGCCAGUCGGGCACGCUCCCCGCAGACGAGGCCAAGAUUUUGGUCCUCGAUGGCUUCAUGCUGGAUGCGCGCGUCACCGCCGUCUACUAUGUCAUGAUUUGCGUCUUCAUCUACGCCCUGGCGCGCCUGCGCCUGACAAACCCGAAGCUCAGCUUCAUGCAGAUUUUUGGCACCAUCAUCUCCGACAUCUUCUUGCUCAAUGCGCCGGGCCUGCCGUACUUUGAUGGCGGCAUUGCGAGCGUCCUCGUCAAGCCCGGGACCAUUGGCGUUGGUCUCGGCGCCGCUUCCUGCGUCUUGUUCUUUCCCCAGUCUACCUCGAAUGCCAUCAUGCUUAAAAUGGAGACUCUGCUUGCCACGUUCAACGCGUCGAUCGCGGUUACCAACAAGCGCUUGCGUAGCGAAUACGUCGACCUGGCAGGCCUCAAUGCGGGCCGCGCACAGUCCAUUGGCGUAUGGAAAGCCAUGCAGCCGCUGAUGUCACUCCUUCCUCUCGACAUUUCUCGCUGUUGUUGGAGUGCUGACGAUCUUGUGGAAUUGCACAAGGCCCUCCAGCAAACGAUGCGCAAGAGCGUGGCGCUGAUGGACUUGCAUAUUGCGGCACUCUCUGCUGCUGACCAAGAUCAGAUGCUGAGGCUUUAUCGGGAGGAGCAGGCCGAAGAUGCGACGGUAAAUAACGGUACAGUUCGUCCAGGCCAUCAUCAUUUGCACGAGCUGGCAACAAUCAUGAGUGCCUUGCAUGGAACGGACUACAGUGCCCUCCCAGAGGGCACCGCGGCGCUCUGGGACAGCCCGUCGCGGCUGCUCACAACGUGUGCUGAGUCUAUUGACCUUGGCGUUGGUUGUAUUCACGAAAUCAAUAGCUGCCGAUGGAUUAAAAAGCUGCACAAGGAGACGGCGAGUAGUUUCGUGAGCGAGUUGCAAGGCAAGUCGGAGGAGCUGCGCCUUCUCCGAGAACGCUGCGCUGCAGACACACCUGAAGCCCUGAUACCGAACUGUGAGAGUCUUUUUGACGAUGGUGGCUACCUUCGGAGCGAUGGUGGUGAGCCAAGCGAUCCGAUGCCCCUUCGCGACAUUACAACUAUUCUAGCACUUAACCAGCACAUAAUCGACUUUUCUGUCGCGCUUGGGGCGUCAAUCGACCAAUUGGCCUUUCUUAUACGCAAAAGGCCGGAGAGCCGCACAUGGAUGCCCAUUACCAUACAACAUGCCGUGACCUGGCUUAUCACCCCAAAAUCGUCCGACCAAGCGUUGGGAAGCGGUUUCGCCACGGACCACAGCCCAAGCUUGACCGAGGCAAAAACUGUCGUAACCAGACGUGCAAGUAAUCUCAAAAACCUCAAGAAUGUCGGUGACCUCCGGCGAAACGGCAUGCCAAAAUCCCGCUCCAGCAAAAUCAUCAUCACGAUGUACAGGUGGCUGACGAACCCUGCUGGUAUGUAUGCGGCACGCUUGGUAAUUGUCACCGUUGUCACGUCUAUUCCCUCGGCGAUACCUCACAGCGCCGGCUUCUUUUAUCGCGAAAAGGGCAUCUGGGCUGUCAUUACCGCCCAGCUGACACUUCUCCCCUUCAUGGCCGACUUUGUCGUCUCCAUUGUGUCGCGUGCGCUCGGCACUGUGGCCGGCGGCGCUUUGGGCAUGCUCGCUUGGUACGUGGGCUCCGGAUCCGGAGCUGGUAACCCCUACGGUUUGGGGGCUACCACGGCCGUGAUGACGGUGAUUCUCGUAUGGCUGCGCAUCUGGGGCCCCCAUAUGCUUACCGUUGCAAGCAUCAUGUGCGGCGCAACGUUUGUGCUAGUCAUCGGCUUCAGUUAUGACAACCACCACAUCUAUCAAUACGGACUCCCGGGACAGGGCUAUGAGGCGUUUUGGAAACGUGUCGUCACCGUUUUCAUCGGGCUUCUCGCUGCUGCUAUCGUGCACAUUUUCCCCAAACCCACGUCGGCCACGAGCCACGUUUGUCACGUCUUGGGCAAGUCAGUGCGCCGCAUGUCUGAUCAGUACGCCAUCUUGCUUGUGUCUCAAAAACGGCCCGCCGAAAAUAGAAGCCUCUGUGCCCUUGCUGAGCGUGACUCGCUUGAUCUUGGACACUCGCUGUCUCUCCUGGGUCCUUCCAUUAAUUUAGUCAAAGCUGAGAUGAGCUUUGGCCCAUUUGAUCAGAAGACGUUGCAAAAAGCUCUCGAGGAAUGCCACAAUCUAAACCGUUCCCUCAGCCGGCUCCUGAGCAUCGCCCAUAGUCUACCGCCAGACUUGAAAUACCGGUUCGAAACCGUCAGCGGCCUGGUUGACGAUCAUGUUAUUGGCGACAUCAUGGCUGUUCUUCAUAUCAUCCAGCAAUCAUUCGAGAACGGAGAUCCGCUGCCUGAAAGGCUUCCCACCCCGCUCACUCGAACGUUUUAUCAUGCAUGGGAGCAGAAGAAGCAAGCUGUUGUCAAUAAGGCGCACCUGCGGGACGAAAGCUAUCCUCAGUACUGUAUUGCGAUAUCCUCGUAUAUCAAAUUCCUAUCCACUGUCGACAAUCUUGUCCUCAUUCUCACGGAAACACUAGGAGAGUCUCAUAUUUUGUUCGGCUGGGGGCUGGAGAACCUGCGCGCGUUCACACUUGAUUUGCAUAAAUUCGGUGGUCCAGCACAGUACGAAGGCGGCGAGCUACACAGGAGCCCUGACGGCCAAAAUAUUGGUACCACUGCUUGUCGGCUACCUGAUACAGAGAGUUUGAGUACCAGUACAAAAAGGAAACUUGCGGCCAGUGUGACUCGAACACACGACCUUCAGAUAGGUAUCUAA